GUGUUCAACCAGAGGCAGCGUUCUCAUUUUUCGUCUCAAGCCCUUUGACAGUGAUGUGUCAGUACACUGUUGCAAUGCAGAUGUAGCAGGUCUCUUCACAUCUCUACUGUCACAGUAGUUCGCCUUCGUCUACCUUUCAUCGGUGAUGAGUCCAUCGUAGCUGUCCACUCUAACAGAAAUGGAUAAAUAUCAGAUCAAGAACUGAACAUAAAGCUUUCUUCCUCGUCUGCCAUCAUGGGGAAUGUAAUGAAAAGCCAAGAAGCUGGGAGUCACACUGCAACUAACUACUUUGAUGCAUCCUUUAAAGCCUCAGAUGAUGAGAAUUUGGUCGUUAUUUCUGACUACCCAUCCCGAGACAUAAGCCAGCCGAUUUUUAAGAUCGGUGAAAAACUGAAGGUUCUGGCUCAGGAAGCCAGCUGGUGGAAAGUCCGCUCUUUGCAAACUGGAACUGAGAACUGCAUUCCAAAUAAUCAUGUGGCAAAGGUCUAUCAUGGAUGGCUAUUCGAAGGAGUGGGGAGACAGAAAGCAGAGGAGCUGCUAAAUUUACCUGGCAACACGGUCGGCUCGUUUCUCAUCAGAGAAAGUCCGAGCCAACGAGGUGUGUAUUCUCUGUCCGUGAGACACAGAUCAGUAAAGCAUUAUAAGAUCUUCCGUCUGGACAACAGCUGGUACUACAUUUCUCCUCGUCUCACCUUCCAGUGCCUAGAGGACAUGGUCAACCACUACUCGGACUCCUCAGAUGGUAUCUGCUGCAUUCUCUCUGCCCCAUGUCUGGCUCUUAACAGUACUGCCCCCAGUUCAGUCUCACAAGCACCCCCUGUGGUGAUGCGCCGCAACUUCAACUGGAGAAAAGUGAACAGCUCUCAGCUGCUGAACAGCAAUAAUGAAGGCAGUGUGGACAGUAGGCACAGCAUGGUGAGCUACGGAGUGAGAAGCAGCAUCGCUGCCUAUCUGUCUAUUUCCGAAGAACAAGAAAGAAAAACCAGGCGAAACAAGAAGGGCUGGACAGUCUAUGGAAUGCCAAACCACAGUAACACAGAGGAAGAAAACACUGAUUAAGUCAAAAUUGCAUAUACUGUAUGGCCAAAGGAACUGGUGGAUUUUUAUUCCAAAAAUGAAAGCAAUAGACAUUCUGUGACUCUGCGCCGUUCAGAUGAUCAUAAACCUUUUGUACUGAGAUGAAACUAAAAUGAUUAUUGAAUGUCAUGAACUUUUUAGUGGCACUUUAUGUGAGAUGUGAGACACAAAAAACAGUUUACAAAUCAAUUAUUUUCCAAACUUUCUGCUUUGAAUGGAUGAACGUUCAAAACUCUUCAAGCAGUUUUUGUUUGUUCGCUGGUUUAUCUUCUGUUUAAGAUUUUUGUGCUGAAUUGCAGGAAAAUCCUGAGCACUUAUCCAGAAAAACACCAGCAUGCACAGAAUGCUAAGCACUUCUUGUCUUGGCUUAUUGCCCGAUGUUGUAAAACCUAAUGGGGUGAUAAUUAAACACAUUUGUUUCAUGUUGAGCUACACCUGAGAAAUAACUUCUAAUUACUGUACUUCAGUUUUAUUCUGUUCUAAUAUUUCAAAUAAAAAUAGGUUUAACAUUUUUUUCUACCAUAA